UUAGAAACAGCUGGUCAAUCACCUCAGAAGCUUGCUAGCCAACAUAGCCGAAAUAUUCAAGCUAUUUAUAUGCUUUCGAUGUAUAUUAGAUACUGUGUUUUAGACACACGUCUGUCGUAUCUACUUGUUAAACUAUUUAAUUGAAUAUUACGUUAUUUUGUAUUAUUCAGCUAAAGUAGCUGGCUGGUUAAGUUAGCACUAGCCUAGUCGCUAAUGAUAGAUAGCUAGUUAACAUCCCCGACCAUGAGCUCCCUAAACUCCUCUCCUGUUAUAGAAGAGGUCUGCUGGACGGAGAAAGAAACUCUGGUGCUGAACGUUGUCGUGAAAGAGGAGAAGGAAGAGGAGGAUGUUACAGUUAAACAAGAAGUAGAAGGUGGGGCUGUUACAGUGAAAGAAGAAGAGGAAGACGUUUCAGUGAAAGAAGAGGAAGACUCGUUCAGAGUGAAAGAGGAGGAGGAAGAGAAAGAUGAUGAUGCAGUUUUUGGAGUGAAGAAGGAAGGGGAGAUUACUGUCACACUGGAAGAUGAAGAGCUGGAGAGGGGAGAUCUGAUUAACACCAGGGAGAAACCAGACUCUCACUCUGACAGCGGGAAGAGUCCUUCAGGGGAACCAGACCCAGAGACGCCCAAACCAGUGAGACAACACCACUGCUCCCACUGUGAAAAGAGUUUUUGCUGGUUAGGAAACCUAAAAAAGCAUGCGAGACUACACACAGGAGAAAAGCCUUACCAAUGCUCCCAGUGUGGAAAGAGUUUUGCCGUGUUAGCUAACCUGAAAAGGCAUGAGAGAAUACACACAGGAGAAAAGCCUUAUCACUGUUCCAGCUGUGGAAUGAGUUUUACUCAAUUAUCGGACCUUCAAGCUCAUGAGAGAACACACACAGGAGAAAAGCCUUUCCAAUGUUCCCAGUGUGGAAAGAGUUUUACUCAGAUAGGGCACCUGAAAGCUCAUGAGAGGAUACACACAGGAGAAAAGCCUUUCCAAUGUUCCCAGUGUGGAAAGAGUUUUACUCAGAUAGGGCACCUGAAAGCUCAUGAGAGGAUACACACAGGAGAAAAGCCUUACCAAUGUUCCUAGUGUGAAAAGAGUUUUACCAUGUUAACUAACCUGAAAAGGCAUGAGAGAAUACAUAGAGGGGAAAAGCAUUUUCUGCUCCCAGUGUAAAAAUAGAUUUUCAUGAAUGGCAGACCUUAAAGCUCAUGAGAGGAUACAGAAGAGAACCCUUUCCAAUGCUCCCAUUCUGGAAAGAGUUUUACCUGGUCAAGUAGCCUUGAAGGAGCAUAAGAGGACACACAAUAAAAGUCCAACCACUGCUCGCUCUGAGUGGAAGGACAUUCAGAGAACCUGAAAUCAAAUGAGAGAAUAGAAAGGCUGUAUUCUGACUUGUAUUUUUGACUGAGAAUGUGUUUUUGUUUAGGCCACAUGACAUCAUAUUGUGUAUGAUUACACCUGUCUAUAUAAGGUCCCACAGUUGACAAUGCAUGUCAGAUCAAACGCCAAGCAAUGAGGUCAAAUAAUUUGUCCUUAGAGCUCCGAGACAGGAUUGUGUCGAGGCACAGAUCUGGGGAAUGGUGCCAAAAAAUGUCUGCAGCAUUGGUCCCCAAGAACACAGUGGCCACCAUCAUUUCUUAAUGGAAGGCGUUUGGAAGACUCUUCCUAGAGCUGGCCACCCGGCCAAACUGCACAAUCGGGUGAGAAGGGCCUUUGUCAGGGAGGUGACCAAGAACCCGAUGGUCACUCUGACAGAGCUCGAGAGUUACUCUGUGGGGAUGGGAGAAACUUCCAGAAGGACAACCAUCUCUGCAGCACUCCACCAAUCAGGCCUUUGUGGUAGAGUGGCCAGACGGAAGCCACUCCUCAGUAAAAGGCACGUGUUCUUGUUCCCUUCCCUGAUGAAGGCCCUUCUCCCCCGAUUUCUCAGUUUGGCCGGGUGGCCAGCUCUUGGAAGAGUCUUGGUGGUUCCAAACUUCUUCCAGUUUAGUGGGAUGGAGGCCACUGUGUUCUUGGGGACCUUCAAUGCUGCAGAAAUGUUUUGGUACCCUUCCCCAGAUCUGUGCCUCGACGCAUUUCUGUCUCAGAGCUCAACGGAUAAUUUAUUUGACCUCAUGGCUUGGUUUUUGCUCUGACAUCCACUGUUACCUGUGGGACCUUAUAUAGACAGGUGUGUGCCUUUCCAAAUCAUAUCCAGUCAAUUGAAUUUACCACAGGUGGACUCCAAUCAAGUUGGAGAAACAUCUCAAGGAUGAUCAAUGGAAUCAGGAUGCAUCUGAGCUCCAUUUCGAGUCUCAUAGUAAAGGGUCUGAAUACUUAAAUAAAUAAAUGUGCAAAAAUGUCUAAAAACUUGAUUUUGGUUUGUCAUUAUGGGGUAUUGUGAUGUCAUUUUGGGGUAUUGUGUGAAGAUUUGAUGAGGGGGAAAAAAACUUCAAUUUUAGAAUAAGUCUCUAAUGUAAAAAAAAAAUUGGAAAAGGUAAAGGGGUCUGAAUACAUUAUGAAUGCACUGUAUACCGCUGGCAGAGUUUUCUACCGCUGGCAGAGUUUUGGCAAUAAUGUGUGUCUGCAGGUGUCUAUCUGGUCAAAACCACUGAUACAGGAGCCCCUCCACCCUCUGGUGGGAUGGACCAUGUCUACAGAGAAACCAAGAUUCAAAUACUUAGAUUUGUGUGUAUUGGGUAUUUGUUGUAAAAUUGUUAGAUAUUACUUGUUAGAUAUUACUGCCCUGUCGGAGUGAGAAACACAAGCAUUUCACUACACCCGCAUUUGAAAUAAACAUCCUAUUUAUCAAAGGUGCUUUUGUCUGGGGUCAAAAUGACUCCAAAGGAUUUGAAUUUGUUAAAAGUCCAUAUUUAUACAGAAACACUAAACCAUUAUUUAAAUUUAUUAAGAACAAGUUGAUUGACAAAGUCAUGAAAAAAAUUGAAGAAUUGACUAAACCACAUUUAGGCUGUGAUAAAAGAUAUGCCUCUGGGGUCAA